AAGAUUGAUUGCUAGGAGUUACCUGCUGCUCGUUUCUACUUAUCUCAUUCCUCAUUAUUUUUCAAAUUAGGCAUUCUCUGGGGAACCCGAGGGGGGUUGGCAUUAAAAACCAGUGACCCACUGAAAUUCACAUCAAGCACCGGAUGUUUGGUAGAACAACCUUUGAAACCAACUUAUUACGGUCAAGGAGUAAAACAGCGUUACAAACAAGUGGAUUAAGCAGGAGCAGGCUAUGGGAAGAUCAGGGACGAUCAGGGACGGGGGAAGUUGCUGCUCGCGCCAGUGAAGAGGAAAUAAUCACAAUGCUGCCUUCUCAUGAAUCAUUAAGUAGCCCCAUGCCUCUUAGCUCGACUCAAAACGCUGCAUUUUCAUCUAUGGGUCUGAAAGGGUGUUUUUUGACAGCAGUAUUACUGCUGAUAAGCAAGACUCUGCCAGCUGAUCAAGUACUGAGACAAGCAUCCCGAGCAGCAGCUACACAGCAGCACUAGUCACUAUGAGCAGUGGCAGUCAGUAGCAGCAGCACUAACAGCAGAAGCAGCAGCAACAGCAACUCUCUCGUGCCUUUUUUCUUCUUCUUUGUGUAGUUAUAAUCUGUUCUGAGAUCAACGGCCAGGGAAGACGGCACAAGUGGAUCAGGGCUGAUAGCUGUCAUCAAAACAACCCCAAACGCAGACCUGGCUGCCCACAUGCCGAUCGAAUUUGUUUGCAAAAUCAAAUUUGCAGAGGAGGAUGAGAAGCAGAAAGGCAAACAGGAUGGGGACAAGGAGAGUCUGAUUGAGGAGAGCUGCACACCUCCAGCUAAGGACCUGGUUGGCUUCGCCAACUCCAGCUCUCUCCAUGGGAUUAACCACAUCUUUGUCUCGGGGCGCCUGGGCAUUCGGCAGACCCUCUGGGCACUUGCCCUUUUGGCUUCUCUGGCACUCUUUUUGUACCAGGCAGCAAAGUGUGCCAUCUCUUACCUGGAGCACCCUCACGUCACGGCUUUGAAUGAGGAAGCAAGCCCUGAGAUGGUCUUUCCUGCUGUGACCAUCUGCAACAUCAACCGCUUUCGUUUCUCUGCUCUCACCGAUGCCGACAUCUACCACCUGGCUAACCUCACAGGUCUACCUCCAAAAAACCGAGAUGGCCACAAGCCCACUGAUUUGGACUAUCCUGCGCCCGACAUGCAGGACAUCUUCAACCGGACGGGACAUCAGCUGGAUGAGAUGCUGAAGAGCUGCAACUUCAGUGGACAGAACUGCUCUGCCGAGGACUUCUCUGUGGUCUAUACAAGAUAUGGAAAAUGCUACACUUUCAAUGGGAACAAGUCGACGUCCAGGAAAACCAAGCAAGGUGGAAUGGGAAAUGGGCUGGAGAUUAUGUUGGAUAUCCAACAGGAUGAGUAUCUCCCCAUCUGGAAAGAGACAAAUGAGACGUCGUUAGAGGCAGGGAUCCGCGUGCAGAUCCACAGCCAGGAUGAGCCUCCCUACAUCCACCAGCUGGGCUUCGGAGUCUCCCCGGGAUUCCAGACCUUUGUUUCAUGUCAGGAACAAAGGCUGACCUACCUGCCCCAGCCCUGGGGGAACUGCCGCUCCACCAGCGACCAGAUGAUCCCGGGAUACGACACCUACAGCAUCAGUGCCUGCCGCCUGCGCUGCGAGACCAGGGAGGUUCUCCGGGAAUGCAACUGCAGGAUGGUACACAUGCCUGGAACUGCUGAUAUCUGCACUCCCAGUAACAUCAAGUGUGUCGACAAGGCGCUUGCCCUUCUCCAGAAGAGCACUGGGGACAGCUGUCCCUGUGAGACACCAUGUAACCUGACCCGCUACGGCAAGGAACUCUCCAUGGUCAAGAUCCCCAGCAAGGGCUCCGCUCGCUACCUGUCCAGGAAGUACGACAAGUCUGAGGAGUAUAUCAGAGACAACUUUCUGGUGUUGGAUAUCUUCUUUGAGGCUCUUAACUAUGAAACAAUUGAACAAAAGAAAGCGUACGAUGUUGCAGGUUUACUAGGUGACAUUGGAGGCCAGAUGGGCUUGUUCAUUGGAGCCAGUAUUUUGUCCAUUUUAGAAAUAUUGGAUUAUGUUUACGAGGUGAUAAAGCACAGGCUGCAGCGUCUGCUGAGGCCACAGAAGGAUGAGAAGAAACAACAAACGGCCACUGUUGCCACUGUGGAUCUGCAAGAUAUGAAAGCCAAUAAGGAUUACAUCCCCCCAGAGGCAACUUCAAUUCCCAGGUCCCUCUCUCAUGAGGAACAAAUUUACUCCUUGAGUCCAUAUAAAAUCAUCCAAAAUCAUCAAUUUUCCAUAGACGUAAAAAAAUUAUCUACAUGAAAUAUCUACCAUUACAUCAAAGGUAUUAUCAUUUUGGUUUAUUCAAAAGCAAUAUCGUUUGGUUUAUUGAGCCAACACACUGUACAUAAUUUAGGGUUGGUUUUCCAGACAAAGAUUAAACCUAGCCCAAGACUAAAAAGCUUGCUCAAUGGAGAAUCUCCAUUGAACGUGCUUCUUCGUCCAAGACAAAUCUUAAUCUGUGUCUGGGAAACUCACCCAUUUAGUAUAUCUUAUCACAUUGUGGUCUUUGUGGCAACCAGGAGUCCAGUGACAUGACCAGAAGUCACCCAGAAGGAGCCUACGCCAAUACGAUUCUACCAAAUCACCAUCUCCCCCACCACCAAGGACAGCCACAUGGAAUGUUUGAGGACUUUGCCUGCUAGACCCAGUGGCCAUCUUUCCACCCUGAUGACAAUAAAAUGACAAUAAAAUAUGUCCUCUCAGACCCUGGGACCUCAGUUCUAUACCUUUCUUGCUGUCACCAGUGGAAAAAGCUACAGCCAAAGUCGAACACCAAACCUGUGCUGCUAAUAGACCACUUGUAUGUAAGCACAGAUUGGACCCCACAGUACUGUCCGGCUGGAGACGCCCACCUUCGAUCCCUAUUCUGGUUAUUUUGGUACAUGGUCACCACAUGGGAACAAGACAAGGACUGCAUGUCAUCUUGAGCCAUCUUGAUAUACUCACCUCCAAUAUCUUGAUGUAUGUACCACUCUUAAUCUUGUUUCCGCCAAACUAUUUGUCAAUAAGUUCUCACUUACUAUUUUGAAUCAUAUCAUUGUAAAUUAUGUAAUUAUUUACUGAGAUAUUAUAAUUUCCACUUUAUAUUGUAUACAAGAUGAGACUCGAUAAGACAAGUGGUCAUAUUCAAUCUAACCAUUAUAUAGAGAUAUCAGCAAACAAAAUCAGAGAAGAUAUUACACUGAUCUUUUAGCGAGUUAAACCCCUACUACACUUACUUUGAUGAUAGGGCCCGUACUAUAUACACACACUGUGUCUCGUUUAUAGUAAAGGUGUGUUAGAGAGUAGUAUUAUAUAUGUACUGUACAUGGUUCCAACCUGAGUACAAAGAGAAAGCACUGUUUUAAAUGGAUAAUGAUUCAUUUAAUAUAUAACUAAUACAAAUGUUGGUCAUUUAUUGAUAUAUUUUAGAGAAUAUUAUUUUUUAAAUAAUAUGAUUGUAGCUUCUUCUUGCUUAUUAGUGAAACCAGUCGGAAAGGUGAUGAUUGGAAUUGCAUUGCUCCAGGCCAUGAAUAUAUUUUUCAGAUUUACUGACUUGGGUAAAGGUGAAGUUCUUACAGCAAUUACGGUGUCCAAAUUAGGACAGUACUCAAAGGUAAGGAAUAACAACAAGCGUGACAUGGAUGAAUCAUUUGGGCAUUCUGCAAAUGCUGUGGUCAUUUCAAUGACAAAGUCCUAAUUAAGGUUGCUUAAGGUUAUACGGUGCCUGCGAAAGUAUUCGGCCCCCUUGAACUUUGCGACCUUCUGCCACAUUUCAGGAUUCAAACAUAAAGAUAUAAAACUGUUUUUUUUUGUGAAGAAUCAACAACAAGUGGGACACAAUCAUG